GACUGUUUAUCUGACGGACACUUCAGCUGCUUGCCUUUAUUCAGUAUAUAUUGGGGCUCAACUGUAAAUUCCUCUACAGAAGCGAUCAGGAACGCUGCACUUUAUUUCAGCUGAUAUUUCAUACACAAACAGGCCUGAUGGAGGAGACACCCCAAGUUAAAAUGAGAGGAAAAACAAAAUCACCGAAGAGAAAAGACAGAAAACGUGUCACCUGCACUCAGUGUGGAAAGAGUCUGGCAAACAAAAGAAAUCUCAAGACCCACAUGAGGAUCCACACUGGAGAGAGACCAUUCACAUGUUCUCAGUGUGGGAAGAGUUUCAGAGACUCAUCAGGCCUUAAUAGACACAUGUUGAUCCACACUGGAGAGAAAACACACACAUGUGGUCAAUGCGGAAAAUCAUUUCUGUUGGCUUCAGGCCUGAAUGCUCACCUUAUAGUUCAUGCAACUGAGAAGCCUUCAUGCUCUGUGUGUGGAAAGAGUUUUGCAAGUGAAGUAAAUAUAAGAAGACAUCAGAAGAUCCACACCGGUGUGAGAGAGUAUGUGUGCUCUGAGUGUGGGAAGACUUUUUUUACAUCUACAAGCUUACAACAACACCAGAUGAUUCACACUGGAGAGAAACCUUAUAUAUGUUCAUAUUGCGACAAGAGAUUCAGUCAUUUACCAUAUCUGAAAAUACACAAGAUGAUUCACACUGGAGAGAAACCUUACAAGUGUUCACACUGUGACAAAAGAUUCAAUCAUUUAGGAAGCCUGAAAACACACGAGAGGAUUCACACUGGAGAGAAACCGUACAAGUGUUCACACUGUGACAAAAGAUUCAGUCAUUUAAUAAGCCUGAAAACACAUGAGAGCAAUCACACUGGAGAGAAACCAUACAAGUGUUCACACUGCAACAAGAGAUUUAGUCAGUCAUCACAAAUUAAAUUGCAUGAGAGGAUUCACACGGGAGAGAAACCGUACAGGUGUUCACACUGUGACAAAAGAUUCAAUCAGUUACCACAUCUGAAAUCACAUGAGAGGAUUCACACUGGAGAGAAACCUUACAAGUGUUCACACUGCGACAAAAGAUUCAAUCGGUUGGAAAGCCAGAAAAGACAUGAGAGGACUCACAAUGGAGAGACACAAAGAAAAGACAAAAAAUGGGUCACCUGCACUCAGUGUGGGAAGAGUCUGGCAAACAAAAAGAAUCUCAAGAGCCACAUGAGGAUUCACACCGGAGAGAAACCAUUCACAUGCUCUCAGUGUGGGAAGAGUUUCAGAGACUCAUCAAACCUUAAUAGACACAUGUUGAUCCACACUGGAGAGAAAACACACAAGUGUGAUCAAUGCGGAAAAUCAUUUCUGUUGGCUUCAGGCCUGAAUGAUCACCUUAGAGUUCAUGCAACUGAGAAGCCUUCAUGCUCUGUGUGUGGAAAGAGUUUUGCAAAUGAAGUAAAUUUAAGAAAACAUCAGAAGAUCCACACCGGUGUGAGAGAGUAUGUGUGCUCUGAGUGUGAGAAGACCUUUAUUACAGCUGCAGACUUAAAAAAACACCAGUUGAUUCACACUGGAGAGAAACCAUACAUGUGUUUAUAUUGCGGCAAGAGAUUCAGUCAGUUAGGAGGCCAGAAAACGCACGAGAGGAUACACACUGGAGAGAAACCUUACAAGUGUUCACUCUGUAACAAAAGAUUCAAUCAAUUAGGAAGCCAGAAAACACAUGAGAGGACUCACACUGGAGAGAAACCGUACAAGUGUUCACUCUGCAAUGAAAGAUUCAGUCAUUUAAUAAGCCUGAAAACACACGAGAGCAUUCACACUGGAGAGAAACCGUACAUGUGUUCACACUGCGACAAGAGAUUCAGACAGUCAUCACAAAUGAAAUUGCAUGAGAGGAUUCACACUGGAGAGAAACCGUACAAGUGUUCACACUGCGACAUGAGAUUCAAUCGGUUAGGAGGCCAGAAAAGACAUGAGAGGAUUCACACUGGAGAGAAACCGUACAGCUGUUCACACUGCGACAACAAAUUCAGUCAGUUAAGAAGCCUGAAAACACAUGAGAGGAUUCACACUGGAGAGAAACAAGUAAGAUUCAGUCAGUCAGAAACAUUGAAAAACACACAAGAGUGUCACCUUCAGCUGCUUGCCUUUAUUCAGUAUAUAUUGGGGCUCAACUGUAAAUUCCUCUACAGAAGCGAUCAGGAACACUGGACUUUGUUAUUUCAGCUGAUAUUUCAUACACAAACAGGCCUGAUGGAGGAGACACAGCAUGUUAAAAUGAGAGGAAAAACAAAAACACUGAAGAGAAAAGACAAAAAACGUGUCACCUGCACUCAGUGUGGAAAGAGUCUGGCAGACAAAAAGAGUCUCACGAUCCACAUGCGGAUCCACACCGGAGAGAAACCAGUCACAUGUUCUCAGUGUGGGAAGAGUUUCAGAGACUCAUCAGCCCUUAGUAGACACAUGUUGAUCCACACUGGAGAGAAAACACACAAGUGUGAUCAGUGCAGCAAAACAUUUCUUAGGGCUUCAGAGCUGAAUGAUCACCUUAGAGUUCAUUCAACUGAGAAGCCUUCAUGCUCUGUGUGUGGAAAGAGUUUUGCAAAUGAAGUAAAUUUAAGAAAUCAUCAGAAGAUCCACACCGGUGUGAGAGAGUAUGUGUGCUCUGAGUGUGAGAAGACCUUUAUUACAGCUGCAAACUUACAAAAACACCAGAUGAUUCACACUGGAGAGAAACCGUACAAGUGUUCACACUGCGACAAGAGAUUCAGUCAGAUCUCGCAUCAGAAAACACAUGAGAGGAUUCACACUGGAGAGAAACCGUACAAGUGUUCACACUGCGACAAAAGAUUCAAUCAGUUAGGAAGCCGGAAAAUACAUGAGAGGACUCACACCGGAGAGAAACCGUACAAGUGUUCACACUGCAAUGAAAGAUUCUGUCAUUUAUUAAGCCUGAGAACACACGAGAGCAUUCACACUGGAGAGAAACCAUACAGGUGUUCACUCUGCGACAUGAGAUUCAGUCAGUUAUCACAAAUGAAAUCACAUGAGAGCAUUCACACUGGAAAGCAACCGUACAAGUGUUCACACUGCGACAAAAGAUUCAAUUGGUUAAAAAGCCAGAAAAGACAUGAGAGGACUCACACCGGAGAGAAACAAGCGAGAUUCGAUCAGUCGGAAACAUUGAAAAACACACAAGAGGGUCACGUCUGAGACAGGGCUGUUCGAUUUUGGAAAAAAUCAUAAUCGCGAUUAUUUUGGUCAUGAUUGUAAUCACGAUUAUUCAAAACGAUUAUCAGUUGAAGUCAAAAUUAUUAGCGCUCCUGAGAAUUUAGUUUUUUUAAACAACUAUUUCCCAAGUUAAGUUAGAGCAAGGAAUUUUAACAGUAUUUCCUCUAAUAUUUUUUUCUUCUAGAGCGUUAUUCGUCUUAAUUCGUGGAUUUGUCUUAUAAGUCUAAUUUGCUUUAUUUUAGCUUGAUUAAAAGAAGGUUUAAAUAUUUUGAAAUUCAUUUUAAGGUCAAUAUUAUUAGCCCACUUAAGCUAU